CAAUACUUAUAACCCGCUCGCUCGAAACACCACUGCCGACUCCGUGUUUCAAUAACUAGAUCAUCUAAUCUUAGGCUACUACUGCCAAUGCUUUUUAUCGAUUGUCUUCAUUAUUAAACACAGAUGGGUUGUAUGUACUUAUCAAGUUUCCGGAUCGCUUUUAAUUUUUCUCUUUUCUCAAGAUUCUUACGUAUAAGCAGCUGUGGAUAUUUCUACAGUACACAAAGCACUUUAAUACGAUAGAACAAUCGACUUAGUUCUAAAUCUCAUUGUUAUUUGAGUUGAUGAACUGAUCUAUUCGUAUGAGUUAUCAAUGAACAAGUCUUCAUCAUCUCACAUUCCACUCCCAAUACAAAGCUUUCUAUUUUCUCAGACAUGUUCGUUUUUUCAGAAACCCUCAGCAAGGGACGGAGUCUGUACUACUUUUGAGAAGGUUUUAGUGCAAAAUAUACUACAUGGUCGAUCAAUAGUUCUGUGCGAGGCUAUACACUCAAUAAGCAGAUGGAAAUUUGUGAAGGCUGCAUUACCUCAUGUACUCCAUUGUGGUGCUAUAAUGCUUCGAGAAAAGUUACGGGACAAGUCUGCUGCAGACCUACCUCAUCAAAAACAUACGUUAAACAGUUGCGGAUUGUCUCAUGAUCGAACACGACUGAAUUUCAGUCAGACAGAAACAAAGUUGCUCUACACACUUCACUGGAUUCUAUUAGAUGCCGCUUCAGAGUGUGAGGAUGCAGAAAUAGAGGCUUCUAAUCAUCCAGCUUCCAUACCCAAACAUUCAACUGAUCGUUAUGUUCACGACUUGGCGUCACUUCAAUUAUUCAUCUAUUUAUAUGCUCCAAUUAUUGAGCAACUUAAGCCAACCGAUUUCGAUACUCUCAAGUUAGAAGCAGGAUUACGCUUAUGGAUUCCAUUAAUGGAAUAUUGUCAACCAAAUCGUGGGACAUUAUCAUCACCUGUUAAAUUUUUUACUCAUGAUUCAAAUAUACUAUCUCGGCCAGUGGUAACAAAUAUAGAUGGAAUAGAAAGUCCUAAAACGUCAUCCAUUUUAAACGAUUAUAUUAAGAGAAAAUCUUUGAGUUUGGAAACUUCUGAAGAAAUACCUUCGAAUGUUCAUACUGUUAAUAUAUCGGAUAAGGGUUCCGAAAUCAAUCAUAAAUUACCAUUAGCUGUGAAAUCAUUCGAGUUCUUAGUUGACAGUGCUUCCAUCCCCCAUGUUGAAGCCAAUUCAGAUGAGUCAGUAAGCAGUGCAAUAAAUAUUCCAGAUAACUAUCAGCCUUCACUGAAUCAUGCGCAUAACGCAACUGGGCAUAUCUUACGUUUACAACCCCCCAAAGCCACACCUGAAUACCUGGAUGAUGAGGAAGAAUUCAGCGAAAAAUCCAUUUCAGAAGCUGCAGUCACAGGAACGACGGCCACAGCAGCAGUUGUGCCAGACAUGUCUCCACCAAAGCAAGAACAAGAAUAUGUAGCUCCAGGAUUCGAACGCAUUCAAAAUUUUUUAAAUUCAUUCACGGAUCCGUAUAAACAAUUAUCUGAAAAGUUAAAAUAUUCUGUGGCCGACAGUGAAUUCAUUCAACCAUCUGUUGGGACUUAUUGUAUGUUUGCUACACAUUGUGACCUGGCUGUAAUACGGUGCUUAUUCUGUCCUGAAUGGUGUGAAUCCGGUAUCUACUGGUCGCUAUGCUAUUUAUUCAAUCGUUUAUUGCAAAUACGCUCAGAAUGGAUCAAAAUUAAACCGAAUAACCGUAAAUUAUUAAGGUUACGCAGAGGCAAUCUUCCACCUGAACACUUGUUUAAAUGGAUACCAGGAUUGUGGUCAGCAGCAUCGUCACAUCAAGCAAGGAUAAAUCAUAUCACUGGAGAAAUGGUGAAGGAAAUUCGAAGUCUAUCAUUACCUAAUAUAUCGUCAAGGUGUAUGCCAAGUAUUUGUCAGCAUAAUCCAACUGAACAGUGCAACAGAGAAUUUGGACAAGACAGUAAAAACAGUAAAUUUAGCCAAUAUUUUUCGAGUCUUUUUCUAAUCGCAGAUGACUUAACUCAACAUAAGCAUACGAAACAACAGGAAGAACUUUGUGAAGCUCAGUCAAACAGUACCAGUAACAUUAUCCAAUCAUACUCUGGAAACAGUGGUACCCCUCCCUCGAUCAAACAUUCCACUAUAUCAAGUCAUUUGGAUGAAUCGUUAAAUCGUAAAGGUAUAUCUUGCAUAGUUGGAUCAUCUGCAUCUUUAUUGAAUAUUGAUAAGUCUGAAUCUAACCUUAUCAAAUUAGAAUGCCCAAAAGAUAGAGAGCAACAACAAUGGCAGCCGCAGCAACUUAAUACUAGUCCAUUACUAACUGAUAUUGGUCUCAGUGAUUCAUCAUUUACGCUCCCACUGCCCAUUGUUAACUUUGGAGGUCAACAACAGCAGCAACCCGCAUGGAGAGGUUCUAAACGUUCAAGAAUUACUGAUAUUAAGGAACGUUUUACUCGGGCGUCAAAGUUCAAAUCUGGGGAUGCAAGUAUGAAAUUUCAACCUUUAUCUUCAAUUGAAGCACCAGGCAUGACUAGCAUAAACACACUGAUCGAAUGUGAUCAGCCGUCGGUAAUGACUGGGGAAAAACAAGUCUCCUAUACGCAGACAAAACGAUCGGUUCAAACAGGAAGUGAAAAGCUACGGCUAGCGCCAAAUGAAAAACCGUUUCAAGGAAUCGACACGACAAGUAAUGAUUCUGAAGCUAAUAAACGUGAUCCACCUGUUUCGUGCAAUGCUUCUUCCCUUCAUAGUGGACUUAAACUUGGUUUACCACCUUGUACACCUUCAAUAGCAGUGGCUAUUAAGUCAGUUGAUAACAAAGAUACAGUUUCGAAUGAUGAACAGUUAUUUGCUAAGACACUUCCUCGCAGUCUCACUGAUUCAGAUAUAAUAUAUCAUAGCUCAGAGAAGGUAGAUGAAGUCCCAGGAGCUGCAUACUACAUUACACCUAAUGGUCAUUUAGAUUAUUCUGUUAUUUUGAGAAGUCUUUAUUGGUGUAGCACAGUACACACAUCAAGUCGUGUUUGUUUCAAUUUAGUUUGCUGUUUGAGUGCUUUAUUUGAUUUGGGAAUCUUCGACAUGAAGCCCGGAGCCUGCUCGUUAAAAAAUGUUUCUUUUGAAAAACCUGGUCAUCUCAGACGAUUUCGAAAAAAAAAUCAAUAUGAGAGAAAUAAGUGUUCAAAAUCCUCUAAGACAACUAUUCUCAAUAAACUUGUGGCAAGAGAAAAUCACACUAACCCAAAUUUCAACAAUCGAGGUGGAUACGAUAGCUCAAACUUACAUUCAGGCAGUAGAGUUAGACUACAUGAUCCAAGUGUAGGAUUUUCUUCCUCAAACUUAAGUUCCUCUAGAGUUUCUGUCGGAAUUUGCAGCGAGUCGUAUGGAAGUGAAAAUGGGGAUGAAGGAGACGCUGAUGUAGGAUCAAAAAGGCGAUUUUCUAAUAGAGCUGAUAACGAAUCACUUAUAAGCGAAGACGGUAUCACGGCUUCUGUUUGCACAAAAAAUGUCAGCCCACUUGGGAGUCCUGAAUCAUCCAUAGAUCUUGAAAAAGAUCCUUGUUCAACGCCACGUUGGAUAAAAUCGUCAGGAAAUAUUCAAUCUAGGCUGCGUAAUAACGAAAAAUUAGUGUCUAAAAGUGCAUAUCGAUUGAAGUCUCGUGCUCAACAGAAGCAAGCAGUGAGCUGUGAUAUCUCUAAUCAUCUGGUCCGUACGCAUUUUACUUUAGCAGCUGAAAUGUUGAUAAGAAUUAUUCGUUCAGUUGGAUGUAGACAUGGGCACAAUAAUUCAUCGAAUUUCACAAAUUCCCAUUAUCAUCAACAACAAGAGCAGCACGAAAACUCUGUAGAUCCAAGCAACCAUUUUCGGUCACUUGCACAUGACUGUCUUAUUUAUCUACACCGAUUAAAUCCUAAUUUGUUUAAACGUGUGAUAAUACGAAUUGUAUCUUCAAGUACUGUUGCCGAUUUAGUUGAAAUACUUCAUUCCUUCACCGGGUUUUGUUUAGAUCCAGUCACACGUUGUUAUGAACGUUCAGAUCAAAACAGAAAAUCUUAUUUAAAUUAUGGAAAUAGUUUUGGGCAGAAUGAUGCUGGCCAAGAUACACGUGGAGCUGAAGGUUUGAUUGUAUCUUAUUUGUUUGGCCCUUUUGUCCGGCGCUUAGUCAGGUGCAGACGUGAACUGAGCAGUCAAGAGAAUGUUUCUUUAUUUUCCGACAUACGACAAUUAUUCACAUAUAUUCGUGAAAUUCACGGUAGUACAUUUCGGAAAAACAUGUUAGUUGCUUUACUGUGUCCAGUACAGAGAAUAUGUGAGAUUACUACUCCUAAACCUUCAACCCCAUUGCCGAGAAUGUCAGCGAGAAACUCUAUGUGGCUUGUGCCUCGUCACGACAAAAGGCGUUCAACUUUCAACGUAUUUAUUGAUCCUUUGGCAGAAACAGAAAGCUAUUCAAGUGGUCACAGAGAAAGUUCAUUGUACAAUGUGUUAUGUAGACCGUCGACUGCAGGAAGAAAUGUAAGAAUACAUAGUAAUGGAAGUUCAUCAAUAAUAGCAACGUCAUUCGAAAAUGAAUAUCCUAGCCGAUCUAAGUCAGAAUGUCCUUCCACUGAUCAGUCAACAGGUCAAAUGAUAAUUGAACACCGGUGGAUUAAUUUAUCAGCGCUGAAAGAAGGUUUAUUUGAUUUCGCUUUCCUGUUAGACUGUUGUGAACCAGGUUUAAUACCAGAACCACAACUUAUUGCAGCUCUGUUUGACUUAGAUGCUCCAGUGCUAGCGCGGGCUUGCCUACUGCUAGAAUGUGCCUUUUUAGUUCACCGUUGUAAUCGAGGCGAAUGGGCUGGAUGGAUGAAAUUCAAUCUACCCAGUUCAUUUCGAUCAAGCGCUGGAUUCAUUAGUAGUAAUACUACUAAUAGCAACAAUAAUCUUUCACAAGCAAACGAAAAUAAUAAUAACAAUAUUCAUCCAGUGGAUAUAUCGGAAAUCAAACGUGUAGCUGGCUACCUAUUCUAUGCUUGGGGUGAAGUUGGUUAUAUUAUGUUUCAUAUUCGUACACCAAGUUUCAAUGCACCUCAGUCAAUUGCCAGUGCGUUAUCAGUUCUUCAUUUGGUUAUUCCAUACGUUAAAAAUAUCUACUUUAAGGAUUUGAAACAGACAAUGAGAAGAGAACAAAUCGAUUCUACACUUCUACUAACAGCUAACUUACCUUGUGCUAAACAAUUCAACGUGUUUGAUAAUAGUAUUGGUGUCGCUCAAUUAGUUCGUUUACAAGAUGAAAACAAGGACUAUCAGUUUGAAGACAUUCUGAAAGAUGUUCUGUCGGCAAGUGACAUACUCGAAGAUGAAAGAAGUUCUUACUACCUUUGUGACGAACGUUCUAAUAUUAUACGAAACUCUUCCCACUACAUUCGUGAUUUCUAUUCAUUCAAACGUAAUCAUACUCCUAAAUUACGCUUGCGUCAAUAUGAUAAGAAACACGGCAUGUAUCUACUGCAACAAAAUGCUCUCAGUCUGAAAUUUCAAGAAAUUGGUAAAGUAUCAUUUACACUGUCAGUACUUCGAUGUACGCCAACUGCACAGAUUCCCAAUCACGUUUUUUUCUUACAUGAAGAGUUAACUAAACUACCAUCAUUUCCACGUAAAGCAUUAGAAUCCGACUUCAACCUUUACGACUGGCCUACAUAUGGGCGUCCACUAUUUGCAUUAGAUACAGUACACAAGUUAUCUUGGUGUCAUUUAAUAUCUAGUUUAUUCAUGAUGAUGCCUAAAACUUAUCCAUGGUCAUCGGAUUUACAAAUAUUUUUGAAUGUAUACAAUGGUACACUGAUAUUACAUGCAGAAGACUCAUCAGUUUUACGACAGUGUCUAGCAUUCUUCAUACAGUGCUGUUAUCAAUUCAAAACAGUGUUUGCAACCACAGGCUACUCUGGUAUUGUACCGACAUUGGUACGUGUUUAUAACCAAAAUACACAUAAUCCAGUACUUACACAAGCUAUUGAAUUUACAUUUAGACAAUUUUAUGUAAUGCACAGAACACCAUUUAUAUUACAACUGCUAGGAUGCAUCGCCAAUUAUGUGACGACUAAUAAUGAAAUAAUUGGUGUGGGAGAUGAAUUUUACCGAAUUCAACCGGGGGCUGUAUACAGAUUAUUACGUGUUAUAAGCCGUCCUUUAGAUGAUAACCUUCGUAUUUUGGAGUUAUGUAAUAUUCAGAAGCCGUUGGAAGCUUUGGAUUUUUGUUAUGACGAUGAAGAGGCUAACUGGUCUAUUUUGGAAGUAAUCAAUCUCUGUGUAGCUGUCAUAGUCUAUGCUCCUGAUUCAUAUAGAUCCAGGCAAAUGUUGAUUAUUCUCCAGGCUCUGAUGCCACUAAUUCUUAAAGAUUUGCCAUACAUAUGUGCAGAAGAAGGCAAUGGUACUGAUCCAAAAAAGGCAGAGUUAACAGCUAUUCAGAAAAUUUCAAUAGCAAUGCGUCAGCUUACUUCAACAGCCGAGUUCAUGAGCAGAAGAAUUGAAGACAUUCGUCAACUGAAUUACCUUGCUCCAGGUGGUCCAACUGAAUGUCGUAAGGAAACACCUGGUCUCUUGUUGACUGGAGUAGCCACCAGGCUAGUAAAUUAUGAAGCUGCAAAGAGUAACUUCAAGUCAUCAGAUAAAACGAAAUAUAACGAAACAGCUGAGAAAACAGCAAGAAGUGAAUUAUGUAGUGAAAUCAACACUUUGUCUGUAAAUAAAGGUUUCCCUCUAUCAGUAAGUUCAAAUGCAUCACGUGAAAGGGAGAUUCAGUCGAAUCAAAUGGUGAGAAAUCCUGCUGCAGUAACAAGUGGUCAUCACCGUCCGACAGCUUAUGAACCCAGAGAAGCAGUUUUACAGUUGGCUUGCGAAUUUUUAUCUACCUGUUCCGGGCGCCUUUUGGAAAUGGAAGAAAAACAACGUAUACCCGAUCUUUUAGAUGCUAAAUCACACAUGCGAUUAGCCGAUAUAGCUCAAUUUAUGCUAAAACAAGUUUCUAACAGCCCAGAUUUUCUAGUUAGUUCAGCUUUACAACGUUAUUUUUUGGAAGUGCUGCCAGUUAUCGAUUGGAGCCAUGAAUCACUGAGAUCAUGUAAAGCAUUGGAAUGUCUUUUAGGUCGACUGAAUAGGACGCUACCAAAGAUGCUUGAAUUCGCCAUUAGAUCCAAGACGACUCAUCAUUGGGAUGAAUUUGUGAAGUUGAUUCGAUCAGUUUAUUAUAUACUGAAAAGGAAUCGAUCUGUAGCACAUAUGAAAGAAAUUCGCGUUUUAGCUGAAAUUUUGAAGAAAGCUGUCGUUUUUGACAUAUCUAGAUAUUUAUCUAGCUUUCCUAAAUCACGUCUAGAUAUUCAACCUAAUCAUGCGACUAGUCAUCAUGGUAGACCAAGCUUUGGAGAAGUUUUGUUCGGAAUUACAUCGCAAGAAUCAAGCAGUAUAAGUGCUUCUGUAGGAGUUCCAAAACAAUCCAACAAAAUGAAACACAUUCCUUUAAAUGGCGAUGCCGGAUCAUAUUGUUCACCUAGACACAGCAAUCAAGAAAAUUGGCCUGAAACUGACCUUGAAGAGAGUGAUAAAUAUCCCUGCCAGUUCACUACUGAAGUGAUUCGUCUCUUAUCCCUUUUCUUGCAGAUUUUAGGACCCCACUGCAGUUUAAAAGAUUUAUGUGAACGAAUUUCGCCAGAGUACAACAUUCGCUUUCCAACAUUACGUGAAGGUGGAUUUCAGACGCUUGUAAUUUACCUAAACAAUCUAAUACUACCAAUGUUAUUUCGAGGUUGUGCUGGACGCAAAGACUCACCAACUCUUUCAAGAGACAAUGUUUUCUAUGCACUGGAUGUAUGUAUAACGGCCUUGUUUGCAACAGAUUAUGCAUCGAAUACUGAUGGACAAAGAUCUAUAUACAAUUUGACCACCAUAAGUAACUCAACUCAACAACAGCAACAAACAUGUGAAUCGAGUCAAUCAGGACCCCUGUCUGGUAAAUUAAAGGAUAAAUGUAAUAAAAGUCAAACUACAGGAUUUGAACUACGCACAAAUGCAAGUAUAUCACUCAAUAGACAACCAACUGGAUCCAUUGCACAAGACAAUAUUUCCACUAUUACCACUUCAAAUAAUAACUCUGCUUCAAUAAAGCUAGUUAAUUUAUCAAAUUUAUCAACAGACUGCGAAGGUGGUUCAUAUGCCAGUUUAAUACGUUUACUUAGUCCAUCGUUGGUUAAAAUUCUGCCAGAUGAAAGCGGACCUUUGACUAAUUCAGUACAAAUUACCAUUUCAAAUAAGUGUCAAGGAAAACAAGAUAGUUUUCAGUUAAAAUCACGUCCUUCUGUAAUACCGAAUUUAAACAAAACAAGUAUAUUAACUCAAAAAAGUCGUCCACAAGUAUAUUAUUCUAAACUUUUAGAUCCAACUUCAAUUAAUCUUGGGUUUCCCAUAGAUAAAAUUAAAAGCUUUAAGGCUGAAUUUGCGCACCGGCUUGGAUUUUUGGGACUGAAAUUAAUUCUUGUGGCGUAUACGCGUCAUGCGGCUGUUCGAAUGAAACUGCUAGUAGCUGCAUUAACACAAUUAGCUUUGAAUGGUCAAAAUGGUAUCCAGCUGUGGAAAUUUUUCGAUUUCUUAGUUACUUAUAGACCACCACUAUUUGUACACUUACUGCCAUUUAUUCGAUUCAAAAUGGCUCUACUUCAGUGUGCAAGUCAAGGAGAACAAGCGUAUCAACAAAUUGUUAAUCAAAAAUUAAUUGGAUUACAUUUACCUAUCCCACAAACAGUCGCUUCAAUUUUAAGAAGUUUGUCGAAUGAACUGCAAAUUAUCAACUUUGAUAUAAAAACGUUCAGUAAACGAAUUUACAAUGAAAUAACUUCGCCUAGAACGUCAGGUUUACAUGAUUCAUUGCGUCGUUUACGUUCAUCAGAUAAUACAAGUUCCGUUUCCGCUCGUAGUAACAAGCAUACUAAAUUAACUAAAGUUGCAUCGAAAAAUACAAAUGAAUAUACACAUAAGUCUUCUCACAAAGUAUCGUCAAAAGAUCAAGUAAAUCAGAAACUACAAUCACAUGUUCUGGCUUCAGUUACAUCGAAUUCUACAUGUAGUGUAGAUUACCGUGAUGAAAAUAUCAUUGGAAUAUCAAAUUUGGACAGGCAUUUACUUGGAAGAAAAAGCCUCAAUCAGGAGUUUAGACAAACUACUGGAGUACGAGAUCCUCGGAAACGUAUCCAUGCUCAUGAAGGCAGUUGUCUCCUAGUGAGAACUAGAGAUUAUGGUCAAGCGGAUCCAAUUUUAACUGCUUCUGCAGAAAGUCUAGUAAGAAAAAGCCAAAAAACAGGACAUAAAAGGAUUAGAACUCAGGAGACAAAGUUGACUGGAAAUGCUCAAGUGUAUAAAAAUCUUCGUACGGAUGCUUUGCAAGCCAGACUAUCUAAUGAUUCAAAUGCAGAUAAUCAAAGUGAAAAUUCACUAGUUAGUGAAGGGUUAAUAACACCAGUUGGACCAGCAGCAGCUGCCGCAAUCGCCUCAUCGCUUUAUGGAUCUGGUGCUCCAUAUCUACAUGCACGAGUACGAGCCCGGCAAGAAUUAGCCUCCCUAGUCAAAAUACCAGCACCCAAGCUGAAUUCACGUGAACAGCUAACCGAAAUUGAUUUCGCAUUCGUACCAGAAGUAAGCGGUGACGACGAUAAAAAAUCACCGAUUCAACAGAAAUCCAAGUACCAAUCGAAUCAGACUAAAGUAGAGCAUAAAGUUACAGGAAAUUUUAUGUUGAAACUCGAAGACUUAGAAGAAAAACCUCCAGAUGAAAAGGAUCAACUGAGGGAUAUUACAAAAUCACUAAUAACAACAUCGAUUGUAGUUGGUACAACCAACAUUCCAACUACCAAAACGACAUUAGCAGAAGCUCCAGGGGUGGUGCAAAUGACUGGGGAUAAAAUUAGUCCAAUGAUUUCGGGAAAAUCUAAAAUUAAUUACGUCUGAUUUACAUUUAUCUUUUUUUGGAAUAAGACUCACUAAAAAUUCAUAAAUUUAAGCAAGACUCACGAAUGUCACCUCGUUUUUUAAUAUGAGUAAACUAUCAAGAAGUGAACAUCUAGUAUUUUCUUUAACCUUAUUAGAUUUCUAAACGCUACUUCCGUUUCCUUUCUUUUUUGGAUUUCCCCAGUUGACAUAUUCGCUUCCUUCUUGUCUGUGAUUAGAAUUGAGAAAAAUACACAGAAUCCUAAUGACGAUUCUUAAUUUCGUUCACAUCCACUUAGUGGUUUCCGAGCUUAAUUUUUU